UCAUUGACAGUAUUACAGUAUUACAAUCACAAUGAACUGCUCAUUUUAUUUGUAGCAGAACAUUUGGUUUUCUGGUAUCGAAAAAGAAAUUACAACAAAAAAGCAGCAAUCAAUUUGUUUUUCUUUUUCGACAAUCAGCAAGCAUUUAAUAAUAAUAAAUCAAAUAAAUCGAAAAAUUAGGUGUGAUUUAAUUCAAUUUGUGGUUUUUGUGGAGUGCGUUUACAACUUUUUCAACGGAUGGUACAGUGCGUUAUUUGGGUGUGAACGCAUCACUAUCGAUCGGAGACAUAUACACAUCAAAUUUUAUUAGUUGUGUUUUUUGCACUGGGAUACGCUUUGACGUCUGCGCGUACGGUGGUACUGCAGAAGAAGAAGGUAUAUGUACUGUGCCGAGGCUAGUGAAAUAAAAAAGUUUUUUCGCUGUUGUCGUGUGUGCCAUCGAGUCAUCGAGUAUAUAUGCAAAUACGAUAAACGAAUAAUUGGCAUUUCAACAAAAAUCACCGAAUACCAAUAAAAAUUUUGGAUUUUUUCAAAAUUUUGGACUUUUUCUGGAAAAACCAUGACGAAGGACAGACUUGCGGCGCUCGUUGCGGCACAAAGCGAUGAGGAGGAUGUUGGGACGGACGAUGUUGCCGUCAAUGUUGAAGGACGUGAUGGCUUCAUGGACGACUUCUUCAACGAAGUGGAAGAGAUAAGGGAAAUGAUAGACAAAAUACAAGCAAAUGUCGAAGAAGUAAAGAAAAAACACAGUGCCAUCCUUUCGGCACCUCAAUCAGAUGAGAAAACAAAGCAAGAGCUUGAGGAUCUGAUGGCCGAUAUCAAGAAAACUGCCAACAAAGUUCGUACAAAACUUAAGGGUAUUGAACAAAACAUCGAACAAGAAGAACAAGCGAAUAAAUCAAGUGCUGAUCUACGAAUACGAAAGACACAACACUCGACCUUAUCAAGAAAAUUCGUUGAGGUGAUGACAGAAUAUAAUAGAACUCAAACCGAUUACAGAGAACGGUGCAAAGGCAGAAUACAACGUCAAUUGGAAAUCACUGGUAGAACGACGACAAAUGAAGAAUUAGAAGAAAUGUUGGAGCAAGGAAAUUCAGCCGUUUUCACACAAGGCAUUAUCAUGGAUACACAUCAAGCCAAACAAACACUUGCCGAUAUUGAAGCCCGGCAUGCCGAUAUCAUCAAAUUGGAAAAUUCGAUAAGAGAAUUGCACGAUAUGUUCAUGGAUAUGGCUAUGUUGGUCGAAAGUCAGGGCGAACUGGUUGACAGCGUUGAACAUCAUGUUGAAGCCAGUACUGACUAUAUAAAAUCGGGCCAUCUUGAACUUAAACAAGCCGAAAUGUACCAAUCAAAAGCUAGAAAGAAAAAAAUCUUUAUCGGAAUUUGUUUGCUAGUGACAGUAGUUAUCCUAUUAGCAAUUUUAUUGCCGUCAUUCAAAUGAUUGAAUAAGCAGAAGAGGCACGAAAACACAUUUUUGAAAGCGAUGGUAUACGAUGGUUGAAGUAUAAAAAAUAUAACAGAAUUUAGAUCACAUCCAAUCAAAUUCAAGCAUUCGAGAAUCGACAAAUCCAUUUGAAAGGCAAAUUUCUUGGAUGAGAUGCAACGCGUAGUUCAAUUUGACUUAUGUUUAAAUUCGCUAAAACUGCAAUAUACUUGUCACAAUACAAACAUGAAGCAUUUUGUGACCUUUUUUUAUUCAUUUAGCUUUCGUUCAAAAAGUUAAGGGCAACCAAUUUAUAAUUAAUUAAUCAAAUUUUGCUUUAUUUUUUUUAAUGAUUAUUAUAUUUUCUUUCGAUGCUUAUGUUUUUCACCGAUAUUUUGUAUUCUAAUGUUUAGUAUUUCAAUGUUUUUUUUUGCCAUUAAAUUUAAGAAAAACAAUUAUGAGUGUAUAUAAAACCAUGUAAUGUAUAAUUUUUUUUUGUGUUAUCUAAGAUUUCUAUUUAAUUUAUGGUAACGAGACCAUUCUCACGGUGCUUCAUGCGCAAGUAAAACCAGAUUAUGUUUGAAUAAUGUAGAGAAGGGCAUAAGAGGGAAGAAAAAAAAUGAUUUAGUAGAUACGAAAAUGAGAUUGAGUCGGUCAUUUGAGACACUGAUGUGAUAAUGAUCCCAUUUAUUUUGUGCAUCGAAUGAAAAUGCAAGUGCAUCGAAUGAAAAUGAGAUUCUAACGUAAUCAUGGACGAUUUACAACGAACAAAAGAAAUUUAAAGAAAAACGAAGAAGAAGAGAGGAGAAAAACUAUAAUUUAUUGAAGAUAGAAAGAAGGAAUGAUAAGAGAGAGAGAGGAAGAGUAAAAAAAGGAUGGAAAACAAGAGUAAGAAGCUAUGAAGAAGCCACAGUUUAACUAAUCAGGUAACUUGACGUCGCCAACAUAGAUGCACUACCAUUUUGAUUUGUGUACACAACUCUCCAGUGAAAUGUUCAAUUUCGUACCUGCACAGGUGAAUUCAUCGAUUCAAAAAUUCCGCAUUCGGAAUUAUAUUUUCGUAUGAAAAAAAAA